UGGCGGCGGAGGCGGCGGCGGAUAGCGUGGGGACAGGGCUGAGGUCCGGGGGUGGCCGGGCGCGGCAUGGAGGAGCCGCCGUCCGCCGCAGGCGGGGACGUGUCCCUGCACAACUUCAGCGCGAGGCUGUGGGAGCAGCUCGUCCACUUCCACGUCAUGCGGCUGACGGACUCGCUGUUUCUGUGGGUGGGGGCCACGCCGCACCUGCGCAACCUCGCCGUGGCCAUGUGCAGCCGCUACGACCCCAUUCCUGUGUGCACCUCCCUCUUUGGAAACACCUCCGACACGACCUCCACCGGCCUCGCGCAGCGCCUAGCCAGGAAGACCAACAAGCAGGUGUUUGUCAGCUAUAACCUUCAAAACACAGACAGUAACUUCGCCCUGCUCGUAGAAAACAGAAUCAAGGAAGAAAUGGAGGCUUUUCCGGAGAAGUUCUGAGUGGCGCAAGGGAGAGCUUGUAACUUAUGUACAUUUAAAUAAAUGAUUUUUAUUUAGUCAUCA